UAACAUUUUGAAACAUUUAGGAUUCAGAAGUCCACGCUGGAUACCAUAGCUGGGUAUCAGGCUCUUUGGGGAAAGAUAUGGCCCCUCCGCUCAAGGACAUGAUACCUCAGAGACCUCAUACAGGCAUACCUGCUUUUGAAGGAGAUUAAUUAUGACGGAGGAUUAAACAAAUUCUGAGUGGACUCUGAUGAAGACCCGUGUAUAGCGUGGUCUAAGGAGAUUCUCAUCAUGGACUAACUUAGAAGACUUUCACAGUAUAGUUCCAAAUUUAAAAGARACUCAACAUGGGUACUUACAAGUUGAUAAGUUGCUUACUUAUAAUAGUGAUACUUGUUGAGGGGAAAAAAGGUACCUCAAACGAGAAAAAUAGGACUGAGGAAAAUCAGAAAAGGCAGUAUAUAGCUUAUAAUUAUCCAAAUUAUGCUGCCAAUCAACAAGUUCCUUGCUGUCCGCAAGGGGCUUAUUGUCCAGAUCGACCACCCUGCGGUCCGGUCAACAGUCAAGGCGGCGUUCGUCAGCAAGUAGCCGGAGCUAUUCCUCAGUCGUCGACGCUUCAUCAAACCCAGUCCCUGAUGGCAGAAAAUCAGCCACCAAACAGGAAUAAGGUUUAUGACGUCGAUGGACAACAGUUCAAAAGUGCUGGGUGUUGGCGUGACACUUGGAGUCGCGCUAUCCCUCUACUGGAAGGAAAGUCCGCGUUCUUGAAAGAGCCUGACUACAAGACAAGGAGCAACGCUCUUAUGAAGUGCGCCAAAGCAGCCAAGUCACUGGGCCUCAGAAUGUUCGCUGUUCAAAAUGGUGGUCAGUGCUUCGGCGCCAAGGGUGCUGAAAAGACAUAUAUGAAAUAUGGCAGGAGCGUUACUUGCCGCGCCGAUGGCGAAGGUGGUCCUUGGGGAAAUGAAGUUUACAAUUUCCUUCCCAUGGCACAGAAGGACAGCACUGAAUCCGGAAAGCCCAAGAAUAACGUCACUAUUGCAGAGCAAAGUGAUGUUAUUACGGAGCCAGUGGUUUCAGACCAGUCACCAAAGGUUGAGUCAGUUGUCCCGGUAGACUUAGCCAUCGGCAAGCAUGCAUCAGUUGCUGUCAGUGACACUGGUAGGCAAAGUCAUGCUCAAGGUGCAACAGUCUCRAUUGAUGUUCAACARGCUAAAGACUCCCUGGAACCAGCAAAGGAAGAAAGACCUUCUAACGCUACCUCAAUUGAUCCAAUUGAACCGUCCAAUGACACUCAAGCUGAAGAAGCUAAGUUUCAUGUCGACGCUGCAUCUUCUUCAGAAGAAAAUUCUACCAUCGACCACGAAGAAACAACAGCAAAUUCUAACGUCGGCCAGAAGGAAAACGCUACCAUCGAUCACGAGGUAAAGCCAGAACAUACAGUUUUCGAGCAUAUACGAAAGGAAAAUAAAAAGGAGUCAUCUGAAGACGACAUCAGUGAAAUUGCUUUAGAGCCACAAGAAAGCGCAAGCAUUAAGUCCAUCGACCCUGUUGUUACAAAAACAGUCAAUGCUAGCAGCAGCAAGAGACACGAUUUGGGUGGUCACACUGAAGAUGUAGAGCAAGACCUAGCUGCUUUAAAAGGUGCACCUAUAGAUUCAAACUCCAAUGCUCCUCCUGUUAAAGAAGCCCCAAGCACGCACAAAAUACAUCACGACAAAGCAAUUGACGCUAUAGAUAGCAUUGAACAAAAAGCACAGAGGACUGCAGCAAGUCAGGCUAAACUACCAGGUCCAGGACUGAAUGAAAUACCAGAGCAGUCUCAUCAUGACUUAAGCAGCGACAACUCAGAGAUACCAGAUCGACUGGAUACCAGCCCCAUGCGGCCCCGACCUCUUAUCUUAAAACCAAAGCCGUUGAUUGUUCGUCCAAAGUCUCCAUUUUGUCCACCUUGCCCAACAGCAAAGCCAACAGCCCCUGCAGCAUGCAGAGCUCCAUUAGAUAUUAUUUUCCUUGUGGAUGGCUCAAGAAGCAUAGAACGUCAUGGUGUUGGCAAUUUCCGCAGAGAGAUUGCCAUGGUGCRUCACAUCACUGCUGGUUUUCUGGUAUCAAGGACAUAUACCAGAGUUGGCUUGAUUGUCUUUGGUACCUAUGCCAGGACCAUUUUUGGMCUGAAUAGCUAUAAAAAUAAUGGUGGAUUAUUCAAUGCAUUGGGAAAAUAUAUUAAAAAUCCACAAUCUGGAUCAAGAGCUGGUAGAGCACUAUAUGCAGCUAACAGAAUCUUCUCAAGGAAUCGUCGUAGAAGCAGAAGUACCAGAGUAGUGGUUCUUUUGACAGAUGGUCCAUCAGAGGAUGAUGUAUCCAGACCAUCCAGAUACCUAAAAGCCAAAGGUGUCAAGAUCUUUGCUCUUGGUAUUGGCCGUUACAUUAAUGGCAAACAGCUGGAUACAAUUGCUUCUCUUCCACGUAGGACACAUAUUUUUACAGCUGACUGGCGUCAUUUACAAUUAAUUGUAAACCCAAUAAGAGAUGCUGUAUGCCUUGGAAGUGGAGGAGCUUUGAUUCCUGCAUCACAUAAGAUAUGCUUGUGUCCAAUAACAGGGCCAACAAUCAAGCCUCCAAUUACAAUACCUACAAAAAGGCCAGUCUUCCCACGUGUGUUGGCCAUCUAUCCUCUUAGUAAGAAAACAAAUGGUAAAGACAUAACCUACCCAACUAACCCUCCUGGUGUCCCACGGAAUGUACGACCCGCACCAGGCCCUGAUGGUCUACCAGAUGGAUCCAUGUUCUUUUAUGGAAGACGUAGUAGCUACAUCGAGUUCCCAAACCAUGGUAGAUUGGAUGCUACAUACUCUAUAACAAUCAUCGCUUGGAUCUAUCCCCAGGGAUCUGGACCCAUCUUCCAUUAUAGCCCACGAGGUGUUCGAUUUUGGGUCAUUGGCCGCGAUCGUCUACAGGUCACAUUUGUAGAUCGCAAUGGCCGUUCUACGACCCCUUUGGUUGCACGGGUACUCAUUCCUAAUCGAUGGAAUUACGUUGCAGCAUCGUAUGAUCACAGGACUGGGCUUGGAACGAUUUGGAAAAGCUCCGUCCCAGUGUUUUCAAGUAAUGUAGGGAGAAUCCGUUUGGCAACUAAUCGUCCCGUCAGGAUGGGAGCGUUGAAACAUGACAUGAGGUAUUACCGUGGACGAAUCUCAUGUGUGCAGGUUUACAGCGUUGCAUUGAAAGGACCAGAAAUCCGAGCUGUCAAAAAGAUUUGCUUUCGAUACAGACCUACUGGUAAGCCUACAACUAGGCCACCAACUGUGCGACUUCCACCUGCCGUGGCGUUCUAUCCUCUUACUUCUUCAUAUCGUGGUAUCGAUGUUAGCAGAAGCAAAAAUCCACCUGGUAUCCUUGGUAACGUGAGACCAGCACCUGGUCCAAAUGGUAGACCCGGACACUCCUACCGCUUCUAUGGUAAUUGGAGAAGUUACAUCCAUUUCCCAAAUCAAGGAAAAUUGGACACCAGAAGAUCCAUCACUAUGUGUGCUUGGGUCAAUCCCGAAGGCUCAACUGGACCUAUUUUCAACUACAUCCCAAAAGGAUUUGGCGUUCAUCUUUGGGUUAUCCGGUCAGACACUCUCUUUGCACGUUUUGUGACACGUCGACGACGGAAUACCGCUGGCUUAGUCAGUAAAAAACUUCGACCCAAAGCGUGGAACUUCGUGUGCGCCUCGUAUAGCUAUAGCACGGGUGUUGGUAAACUGUUCGUUGAUGCUGUUCAGGUUUACAAGAAGAGAAUUGGAAGAUUUUACCUGUCGACCAAUGCUCCAGCACGAAUGGGAGUGCGUAUUGGCGAUAGGAGGUACUUCCGUGGACGAGUUAGUUGUAUGCAGGUUUAUGACAAGGAUUUGAAUGUAGCGCAGAUAAGACUAGCAAGAAGACUUUGCUUCAAAGCUUGGCCUACUCCUGGACCAACUGCAGGACCAACUAGGAUUUAUCCUACUCCUCCUGCCAAUGGAAUAUACCCACUCAAUGGAAUUGUCAAAGGACGCGACUUCGGUCGCUAUAAAAACCCCAACGCUCGUAUCUACAACGCCGAAUCAACAUCCGGUCCCGACAACCUUCCCGCGGGAUCAUUCAAAGUUCGCGGGCUUCCAAAUAGUUACAUCAAGUUUGUCGGUAAACUUGAUACGGUUAGCGCAAUAACAGUUACGUUCUGGUUAAAACCCGAGAGCAGUGGUCCUGUCCUGGUAUACAAAAAUGACGGAUCUGGCUUCGGAAUUCAGAUGCUUUCUAGCAAUACCAUCAACGUUAACUUUGUAUCUCGAAGGCGUAAAAUAAUUAAGAGGUUGAUUUCUCGUCGUGUUCGACCUAAGCAAUGGAAUUACAUGGCCGUGACGUAUAGCCGACGGAAUGGUUAUGGAACCAUUUGGCAAGAUUCUACACCUAUAGCCCAGAAAUACCUUGGAAAGUUCGAUCUGGCCACAGACAGAGUUGCGUACACGGGCAGAAGACCUAGGAGUAAUACGUACUUCCGUGGUAGCAUUGCCUGUCUCCAUAUCUAUAACGUUCCCUUGAAUGGUUAUCAGCUACAAUCAUUAAAGCGAUACUGCUAUAGAGCCAGACCAACAGGAAAGCCAACGCCAAUACGUCUUCCAGCAGUCCUGGCCAUAUACCCACUCGACAGUAAACAUGGUGGACGCGACACCAGUGGACGUCGCAGCCCAACAGGUCGAUUCAAGAACAUCGGCUAUGCAGUAGGUCCUUUUGGCUGGCCCCAAACGUCUAUCAGACUGACAGGUUCAAGGACAAGUUAUGUUGAAUUCCCCAAUUACGGCAAACUUGACGCUCGCAAGUCAAUUACUAUUUUGGCUUGGAUCUUCCAUAGCGGACGAAGAGGUCCCAUUUUGAUCUAUAAUCCAGGACCCCGCUGGGGGCUGCACUUUUUCAUGACAUCACGAAGGACCAUCUUCUUACGAUUUGUCCGUCGAAAUGGUGCAAUGACGACCCCUCUCGUGGGAUACAAUAGAGUUCCCUUUAGAGCUUGGACCUACGUUGGGGGAACGUACAAUCACAACACUGGYUGGGCAAAACUCUUGGUCAACGGAAAAGUCAUUGUGCGUAAAAAUAUCGGAAGAAUCACUUUGGCAACCAGAAGACCAAUCAGAAUCGGAGCUAAAAUCGGUGACGGUCGGUACUUCCGUGGACGAGUGGCCUGUGUACAAAUCUACAGCGUUGCCUUGAAUAGCUAUCAAAUUAGUAAAGCCAGGAAGACUUGUUUCUUAGGAUCUCCACCUGGACCUGUAACUCCUACCACUCGCCCAACAGGACCAUCAGCUGUGUGUAAAUCGCGUCUUGAUCUUGCUUUCCUUAUCGAUGGAUCAGGAAGUAUCGAGCGAUCCGGUCGUGGCAACUUUGCACGUAUCUUAAAGUUUGUAACGGAAAUGGUUAAACGGCUUCCUAUCGGACGUAGAAAGACACGCAUUGCUGUCGGACUGUACUCUACUCGAGCAUACCUGAUCUUCGGUUUUAACCGAUAUAAUGGAGUGACAUCUGUUUUGAGCGCAGUGCGUAGAAUCAGAUACCCAAGUGGUGGGACGAGAAUAGGAAGGGCGUUGUCCUUCGCAUACAGGCGAAUCUUCAAUGGCCGUUUAAUUAGAGGAAGAAAGAGAGUGCUUAUUGUGAUUACCGAUGGAAUCUCACAAGACAGAGUUGCCAGACCUGCCAGAAAUCUGAAAGUUUAUAAGAAAGUCGAGAUAUUUGUAGUUGGUAUUGGACGUAGGUUGAGAAUCCGUGAGCUUCGCCAGAUUGCUACUGAUAACAAACACGUGAUUCUGUCAGCCUUCCGCCAGCUUCAGCGUAUCGUGAAUUCAAUGAAGAAAAAAGUGUGCUUUCCAAGACCACCAGGUCCCACAACAAGGCCACCAGUUAAAGAGCCAAAGGCCCUGAUCAUUUAUCCACUGGAUAGGAAACGUAGAUCACGAGACAUAAGCAAAAGCAGAAACCCCAAUGCAAGAAGAAUUGGUGUGUACUUUGCAACAGGUCCCGAUGGACGYCGGGAUGGCUCAACUCGCUUCACUGGUAGUAGUCGUAGCUACGUACAGAUCCCGUACACUAGGAAAAUUGAUGCCAAAAACUCAAUUACUAUUUUGGCUUGGGUCUAUCAUACUGGCAAAAGUGGACCGAUUGUUCAGUACAAAAUAAGGCACUUUGGUGUCCACCUGUGGAUGGUCGGACCAAGGRCUUUGUUCGUACGUUUUGUAACCCGACGAGGAAGAAUGACAACACCCGUUUCCUCGCGAAGUGUUCAUUACAAAGCCUGGAACUACGUUGGUKCAACGUAUAAUCAAAGAACAGGCGUUGCUAAGCUCUAUGUCAACAACAGACUAGUUGCCUCGCGGAGAAUUGGAAAAAUCAAACUGUCAACAAACCAUCCAAUUAGAAUUGGUGCCAUUAAUGGGGACCGACGACGCUUCAAAGGACGCGUCUUUUGUGUUCAAGUUUACGGUGAUCCAUUGUCUCGCGCACAAAUCGCAAGUGUCUCAAAGAAAUGCUUCUUAAAAGUUCCUGAUCCAACACCCAGACCAACUACCAAAAAACCAUCGACCCGCCCUACAAAACGUCCUGUCGUUUGCAGACGKCGCAUUGAUAUUGGCUUCGUUGUUGAUGUAUCGUAUAGUGUUGGUCAAAAGAACAUUGCAUAUGUGCGCACAUUCGUGAAGGAAAUGGCCAGACGUUUCCAUAUCUCUAGGCGCACAACACGUGUCGGUGUUAUAAUGUACACUUCAAGUCCAAGACUCUUGCUUCGUCUAUCCACAUGGGGAGGCAACGUCGUAAGAAUACUGCCAAAAAUUAGACUUCUUGGUGGACGAAGGUAYACUGGUCGUGCCCUUCAUUAUGCCAAGAAUGUGCUCUUCAGAGGUCAGCCAGAGUGUGCAAGGAAGAGAGUAUUGGUCGUUCUCACAAGUGGUUAUUCAGUGGACAAUGUCGUUUCUCCAUCAAGAGCCUUAAAUGCAAAAGGAGUUGAGAUAUUCGCAGUGAUGACCAACUAUAGAACUAUGCACCAAUUCAAACCCGUUCUAAUUACAAAACAACAUGGCAUCGUCGUUUCCUACAGAGCUUCGAUCACCAUUGUAACUCGCUUGGCCUACAAAAUAUGCUAUACCCCUAAAGUGAUUGUUAGACGAGGGGCUGUUGCUUGGUAUAAAUUCACAAGUGCGGCUGUAUCUCGUGAUUCUAGUCGCAACAAGAAUCCCGCGGCCCAGUUAGUUGGUGUUAGAUUUACCUAUGGUCCUGACAGACAUCCAAAAGGCUCGAUACAGUUCAGUGGUCGUAGAAACAGCUAUGUGUAUAUUCAAAACCGCGGCUGUCUCGACACUCGAUAUUCUUUCACCUUCAUUGCAUGGGUGUAUUGYGAUAGUCCAGGUCCCAUCUUCCACUACAAUCCAGGCGGUUGGGCUUUCCAUAUAUGGAUGACUAGAAGAGAUGAGUUGUUUGUGCGAUUUGUUGGGCGUAGAGGUAAACCUAGUCCAUACCUUAUGAAAAGAGGAUUUAAACCAAGAAACUGGAACUACGUGGCUGUGACGUUUGAUCAUAAAAAUGGAAGGGCAACGUUGUAUCGGGACUCUAUUCCAAUAUUAAGUAGAAAGAUUGGYCGAUUCCCUCAAGGUCUCGCUACGAACUAUCCAAUAGUGAUUGGUGCCAAGCGCGGUGAUCGUCGAUAUUUCCGUGGACGCAUCUCUUGUCUUCAAGUGUUUCGCAGAGCACUGACUCGACGUGAAAUAAGAAUAAGAAUGAAGUCUUGCUUCAGAUCUCCACCACCUCCCAAAGUUUGCAAUCGUAAAAUCGAUGUGGUAUUCCUUAUUGAUGUAUCGUCUGGAACUGGCCGACGCAAUAUUCGACACAUUCGCCUGUUUGUUAAAGAYAUGGUUCGGCGCUUUGUUGUAGCACAGCAUAGAGUACGUAUUGGUAUCACAAUCUACUCUUCGCGACAACGACGAGUGAUUAGCCUGACCCAAGUACGUGGACGUUACAGUGUCUACCGUGUGUUGAAGAGAAUCACAUACAKGGGAGGUAGACGAUACACCGGAAGAGCUCUCUCAUACACCAAGAGAUACUUGUUUACAGGGAAACCAAACUGCGGAAGAAGAAGGGUUCUGGUACUUCUCAGUAGUGGAGUAUCGGUUGACAGGGUUUWCAAACCUGGUAGGGGCUUAMUGGCAAUUGGUGUCAGAAUAUUUGUUGUAACCAGCACAAGAAGCUCUCUUCGUCAGUUAGGAGCAAUAACAACCUCAAUCCAGCAUGUGUUGGUGUCUGCGUACAAUAACUURGUUGGUGUAGCAGACCGCCUCAGUCAAAAGAUCUGCGUUUCUCCUCGAGUUAUUGUGAGACGUGGAGCUGUUGCUCUGUUCAAACUAAGUAGUGGAUCUAAAGGAAAGGACUCWAGUAGAAACAAGAACCCAUCUGCUAAGUUGGUCGGCGUUCGGUUCACUCGUGGUCCAGACGGCCGUAAAAAGAGCGCUUUGUACUUCAGAGGGAGUCGACAUAGCUAUGUGUACAUUCCUAACGGCGGUUGUUUGGAUACUCAAUCGUCCAUUACCUUCAUUGCAUGGGUUUAUCCUGAGAAAGAUGGUCCAAUCUUCCAUUACAAACCAGGAGGUUGGGGCUUCCAUAUCUGGGCGCUUGGAAGAGGAAAUSAAUUGUUUGCACGAUUUGUGGGACGCAGAGGUAAACGCAGCCCAUACCUUAAAAAGAGAGGACUUAAAAAAGGACAAUGGAACUWCAUUACCGUUACUUAUAAUCAYAGAACUGGAUGGGCAAUACUUUGGUUGUACUCUCGUCCAAUAUUGCGCAAAUAUAUCGGUCGAUUUACAUUGGGUCUUGCUACGAACUAUCCAGUAGUGAUAGGUGCCAAGCCUGGUGAUCGUCGAUAUUUCCGUGGACGCAUUGCUUGUGUUCAACUAUUUGGGUAUGCAAUGAAUGCACGUCAAAUUAGGAUGCGAAUGAAGAGAUGCUUUAAAGUGCCACCGCCUCCAACUCCUAAACCACCACCGCCAAAAGUAUGCAAGCGUCGUAUAUACAUCGGUUUCCUUAUCGAUGUUUCUACUGGUGUUGGAUCCCGUAACAUCGUUCACAUACGUCGGUUUGUUCGAGAAAUGACAAGACGAUUCCGAGUUGGUAUUCGCUAUGCACGUAUAGCUGUUGUCAUUUACUCUUCAACUCAAAGAAGACUGAUAUCAUUCCGCCAGUCGRYAAGACGAGCAAACGUUUAUGGUGUUCUGCGCAGAAUCAAUAUUCGACGUGGCAGACGAUACCUUGGACGCGCUCUUCGUUACACUCGGAAAUAUGUGUUUACUGGAAAACCAAGAUGUGGUCAAAAGAGAGUCUUAAUUGUACUGACAAGCGGUGURUCAGUGGACAGUGUUGUCAGACCAUCCAAAGACUUGAUUACCGUUGGUGUUCAGAUCUUCGGUGUUGUAACAUCAACAUCCAUCGUAAGGCAGAUUCGGCAAAUGACAAUCACGUCUAUCUCUAUAGUCUCGUAUAGGUCGUUGCCUUCUGUUUUGAACCCAUUGAGUUUAAAGAUAUGCAACAUACCACGAGGUCCUGUCUACAAGGGAGCAGUUGCCUUGUACCCAUUUAAUCGUCAAUCCAAGAGAAAAGACWUCAGCCGAAACAAAAAUCCUCCAGCAAUUUUUUCUGGAAUUAGUUUUGCACGUGGUCCAGAUAAUCACCCAAAAAGUGCCAUUCAAUUUUCCGGAAGAAGCAACAGCUACGUCAAGAUCCCCAAUUCUGGUUGUUUAGAUACAGAGAAUUCUAUAACAAUCAUGAUGUGGGUGUAUCCAGAAAGAGCAGGUCCUCUCUUUCAUUACAAUCCAAGAGGAUUUGCAGUCCAUUUCUGGUUGACACGAGUCAACAAGCUAUUUGUUCGAUUUGUCGGACGCAAGAGGAAGAACGUUCAUCACGUAGAAAGCAGUUCGAUUAUCCCUAAGCAAUGGAAUUUUGUAACUUGUACUUACAAUGGACGUAAUGGACUAGCAACAUUGUGGCGAAGUGCUGUCCCCGUAGCACAGCGAAACGUUGGAAAACUAAGAUUUGGUUUGGACACCAACCAUCCUGUUGUGAUUGGUGCGAAACCUGGUGAUAGACGGCGUUUCAGAGGACGGAUUUCAUGUGUGCAGGUUUUCAGAUGGGCCAUGAAUCGUGCUCAAAUCAAAGCAAGGAUGUCGGCGUGCUGGCUCAAGCCUGUAACACCUAAAACAGUUCCAACAAAGAAKCCAGGUAUGGUUUGAUGUGUACUUGUACUUGCCUAUUUACAAAUUGACGUGAUAAGGUUACAUUAGGGAAGGUUACGUGUAAUGAGAAAAGCUGUUCUUAAGUACGAAUAGAUCAUUCAAUCAUGUUUUUACAGUUAAUUUAAUGUUUAAGAUGCUUGAAUGAAUUGGGAUCAAGUGUUCUGUUGAUGUAAGUCACCGAAUGCUCAACACUGUAUACAAAACACUGGA